UCUGACGCAUUAAUGUGCAUGCUCUAGCUAUUUGACGUUCAAGCUUUAAGUUACUUUUUCUUCUCAAUUAAUUUUCAUACAGAGUAUUAAUGCACACCAAGAGACACUGUUAUUGGAACAAUAACCUGUUAUUGGCACAGUAACAAUCGUGGCUUCUAAAAUUAACCUAAUUAAUUUUCUAUAUAGUGUGAAUUUGAAACAAUAUUCAUUCACUUGAAAAAAAUGGCCAAAAAGUAUGCGGGACCUGCUAUUGGAAUUGACCUUGGCACAACCUAUUCAUGUGUUGCUGUAUGGCAAGAGCAAAACAACAGAGCAGAAAUCAUACACAAUGAUCAAGGCAACAGAACUACACCUUCUUUUGUUGCUUUCACUGAUUCUCAAAGGCUAAUUGGUGAUGCUGCUAAAAAUCAAGCUGCUUCAAACCCAGCCAACACUAUCUUUGAUGCAAAGAGGUUGAUUGGAAGAAAAUACAGUGAUUCUGUUAUUAAAACUGAUCUGCAGUUGUGGCCUUUUAAGGUCAUUGCUGACACCAAUGACAAUCCUGUGAUUGUUGUUAAUUUUAAGGAUGAGGAAAAACGCUUUGUUGCAGAGGAAAUAUCAUCUAUGAUCCUCACCAAGAUGCGGGAGAUUGCACAGAAAUUUUUGGAGACACCGGUUAAAAAUGCAGUGAUUACUGUUCCUGCUUAUUUCAAUGAUUCUCAGAGAAAAGCCACCAAAGAUGCUGGUUCUAUUGCCGGCCUCAAUGUAAUAAGGAUUAUUAAUGAACCAACUGCUGCUGCUCUUGCUUAUGGUCUUCAAAAGAGAGCCAACUGUGAUGAAAGUAAAAAUAUUUUCAUCUUUGAUCUUGGUGGUGGAACUUUUGAUGUGUCUCUUCUCACAAUUAAGAAUAAUGUGUUUGAUGUCAAGGCCACUGCUGGAGACACUCACCUUGGAGGAGAAGACUUUGAUCACAGAAUGGUAAACCACUUUGUCAAGGAGUUCAAAAGGAAGCAUAACAAGGACAUUAGUGGAAACUCAAGGGCCCUUAGAAGGUUGAGAACUGCUUGUGAGAGAGCAAAAAGGACACUUUCAUUCGACAUGGAGGCCAUAAUUGAUAUAGAUGCUAUAUCGGAGGGCAUUGACUUUUGUUCAUCGAUUACUCGUGCUAAGUUUGAGAGCCUCAAUGUAGACCUCUUUGAAAAGUGUAUGGAAACAGUUAAAAGUUGUCUUACUGAUGCUAAAAUGCAAAAGAAUGCUGUAGAUGAUGUUGUUCUUGUUGGUGGGUCUUCUCGGAUUCCUAAAGUACAAACUCUAUUACAGGAAUUUUUCAAUGGAAAAGAUCUAUGUUUGAGCAUCAACCCUGAUGAGGCUGUUGCUUAUGGUGCUGCAGUCCAGGCUGCUUUAUUGGGUGAAGGCAUCAAAUCUGUUUCAAACUUGGUGCUGCGAGAUGUUACACCAUUGUCGCUUGGUAUAUCGACAAAAGGAGAUAUCAUGAGUGUGUUGAUUCCAAGGAAUUCCACCAUUCCUGUCAAGAAGGAACAACAAUACCAAACAGUUGAAGAUGACCAACCUGCUGUUUCAAUUGAUGUUUAUGAGGGUGAGAGAGAAGUAGCUAGUGAGAAUAACUUGCUUGGUUUGUUUACUCUCUCGCUUCCUCUCGCACCACGCGGCCUUCCAGUCAAUGUAUGCUUUGCUAUCGAUGCUGAUGGUAUAUUAAAUGUUUCUGCUGAGGAAGUAACAAGUGGGAAUAAGAAAGAUAUUACAAUAACAAAAGAUAAUGGUAGGCUAUCAACCGAAGAGAUUGAGAGAAUGAUUCAAGAAGCUGGGAAAUUCAAAGAUGAAGACAAGAAAUUUGUGAAGAAAGUUAAAGCAAUGAAUGCCGUGGAAGACUAUAUUUAUAACAUGAGGAAAGUUAUGAAGGAUGAUGGUAUUACUUCCAUGCUUAACUCAAUAGACAAAAUGAAGAUCAAUUCUGCAAUGAUAAAGGGAAAGAAAUUGAUUGAUAGCAACAACCAGCAGCAAGAAACGUGUGUGUUUGUGGAUUUUCUGAGGGAGCUUGAGAGUAUCUUUGAAUCUGCUUUGAACAAAAUCAACAAAGGUUACUGUGCUGAGGAAAGUUAUUCUGAUUCUGAUUGAACCUUUUAGUUAUAUCAUUUCAGUUUAUCACAUUUCAGCUUCUUCAUGUAUAAUGUUGGAGCUUUUUGUUUUGCUUCUUUGGUUACUUAAUUUGAUAAAUUAUGAUAUUUUGGGUUUGUU